GUCAUUUACACAUCGGAUUUUCGUAGCAUAUGAGAAUAUAUCCAUUUGAAGUAAUAGGAGUGCUGAGCUGGCUAACGGCAGCCUGUUAUCUAAUUGUACAGCAGAAAGUUUCUCAGCAAAGUCGACCUUUGCACUUGAAGUCAUUAACCUGCUUUGCCGUGUUUGCCCACAUUAGAUGCAUUAUUUGUGCUUCGUUGCUUCGUAGCUAUAAACAGAGGUAAUUCUCUAAAAUGUCAAAACUCUAUGUUCUAUAACAUUGCUUUGUCAACCAACAACAACAUCCAAAUUUCCAAACAUUUAAAGUAUUAUUGUUGAUUCGUAAAGGAUAGGAUUUGACGCAAAACAAAUUCUAUAAAAUGUUGAAUAACUGGGGCAGAUGGCAUGAGUGUUUGUAUAUACUCAAUAUGGCACUGUACAUUUGAGGAAGCCGACAGCCUUGGCCAGCAGUUGCAAGUAAAACGUUGCGAAAGCCACAACUCUGUUGUUCGUCUGACUUGUAUGUAUCUUAAUUUUUCUCUGUUUGUUUAAGGUGUAUAUCUGCAGUCGCCUUAUUGUGUCCGUUUUUCAAUUAAUAAAAAAACAAAGAGCUUUACUGUAUAUCCUUGGAUCUAUGCAAUGAUGAGUUUAAUGAUAUGGUGGUUAUUGUGGCUGUUAUUUGGUCAAGGAUUCACAAUGAAAAUGGGUUGGAAUGAAGAACUUGAGUUUUGUGAGGAAGAAUGGAAGAAAUUUGUGGCGGACAAAAUUGAAAUCGAUUCGAAAUGCAACAAUACUCUUACACGUUGCUGUGUUGAGGAGAAGAAAUAUCUCUUAGAGCGAUUUAAAAUGUUUAGUGAAAUAUGUCCACUCGAAGGGACAUGUGGAUGCAGCCCGAUUAUUUUAAACUUUACUGUUUUGUCACACGUCGAUUAUGAUUAUUAUCCUCUUUUACAAAAAGCAUUAUACGAAAAAGGAAAGAACCAGAAAACUUCACGUGUUCACAUAAGUACAUAAAUGAAAAAGUAGAAGAGUUAUAUGCUAUACGUUAUACUAGCUUUGGAAUCCGACAAUACAAAAUCCCUUACAAGUAUGUUUUAUACGGUGGAAAAAGUCACACCUGUUAUGUUGUCAUCAACGUGAACCUAAAACGACAAGAUACGAAUGGAUUUUUCAUCAAACAUGUUCAGUCAGGAAAGUGUGUUGGGAUGAUUUACCCUUUCCCUCCUGUAUACAAUGAAUUGUUUUGAGGAGUCAGCUUAUUUUAAAUUUUUACAAUCUGGCUCCAUCAAUAGGUCGAAUACAACAAGGUGUCUUGUGAGAUACGGAAUUUAUGUGGAGUUAUCUGAUGGAAAUUUUAAUGGAGAAUGCGGAGCCAUCAAUGCCAUAACCCAAACAAAUUGGGGUGGUCUAUUCUUUUCACGCUAUAAUAAAUGCAUAGUAUCUACAAGAGGAAUUUUGUUAAUCGUGGGACUGGCCAAUUGUAAAAAUGAAGAAGAUCAGCGAUUCAAUUUUGGCUCAGUAACAUGUGAUGGAAAAAAUAUAUCGGACGUUAGUUGUUCUAAUAAUCAAUAUAUGGUGAUAAAAGUUACAGAAUAUCAUGGAUUGAGAAAAGGAAGCAUUUGUGGCUACAGUUUUGAUUACAGUUGUAGUGUCGAUGUGACAUGUGACCUUAAAAAUUACUGUGAUGGUGAAAGAAAAUGUAAUGUAACUGUUGAUGAUUAUCAUUUCCCUUCAAAUAUUUGUCCUGGUUUGAAGAAAUAUCUUUACUUUGAAUAUCAAUGUAACUACACAAGUAUGCCAUACAGAAAAAUUUGCAAUCUUAUGGAUGUACGCCUGUCUAAGUCGAAUCUUCCGAACGAAGGUGUCGUGAAUGUUAUUACCAAGUUUAGAAACUUCACCAUUUGCAACAAAGGUCUUUUGCACAAAAUAAAGACGAUUAUUUGUAAACAACUUGGUUAUCCUACCGCAGUAUCUGCGGAAGGCUCAAUGUCACUAUCAUCUUUGAUGCAUCAAUCGUUUAUACCUGGAAUUGUCAAAUGUGAUGCUCGAGUGAACGAUUUAUCUCAAUGUGCUAUCACUCAAAAUAAUGAUUGCUCUCAAUACUCGUACGUUACAUGUAAGCAUUCUCAUUCAAUUUUUUGAAUGUAUUAACGUAUUGCAGGACACAUUUGUAUGACGUUAGAAAAAGAUUUU